UCCUCAUGCAAAGCAAUAAAGCCAUUCCUUCAAGCCCGCUAUUGCAUUACUUUGGAUAUAUCUUUCCUUUUUCUUUUUUGGUGAACAUGCUCCUGCUGGAGAUCAUUAGAGUUUAAUAUCAUUUGCUGUUUGUAUGAUAUAGGCAGGCCCUCAAGAGUCGAGCUGCUUUAAUGCUUCGAAGACGUUCCAUUAGUCUGAUCUUUUGGAUACUCUCUCCAGUGGCCUACUCUUGAACACUUUUCACGGCGCUGCAAAUUUCUGUUGCUCAGAAUCCAGUUAUAAUAAUCAGUUUGGGUGAUAUUGUGACAGUAUUGUCAUACGCAAGAUUGAUACUUAAUCAGCUUACUUUGAUUCAUAAUCCUGCAUCGGGGAAUAGACAUACGAUGCCUAUCACAGGAGUGUUCUUCAUUCCCGCAAACCCAAAUGCCUCUACAGCUCUCGCGACCAUCACAGAACGGUUGCACUCCGCCGUCGCAGAGGAGCCUGUCGCAAUAGGCCGAUGGGCCUUGGAGCACAAGUUGAUGAGGGAUACUCCCUCCUGCGUGCCUGGGUCAGGCCCCCAGCGACACGCUCAACCGCGGUACAUGCAAUUUCUGUCACUAUCAUACUACCCCAAUCACGGAUUCAUCUACACCUCUCAGGGUCCCGAGAAGACAGGGCAAACUCCCGUCCCGAAUGCUGCUACUCCUCAGCCUGGAGUCACCCCUGCUUCGGGUUCAGCCACUCCAAGCAAUACCGCCGCAGCGGGCGGCUCAGGCAUAGUCAUGACCACCGUGCCUUUGCCUUCUUCCGGAGCUCUGUUCAAGCACUUCGUCUACGCCUGCCAACCAUUCUGGUGCCAUCGACAUACAGUCGCUGUACCGGGGGGCAUGGUCUACGAUGUCGGCGAUUUCCGAGUACGGAUCGGCGACGUGCGGCAGACGCAGCCGGCGGCGCGGGUCCGAGGCACAGUCGUGGAGAUAGAAUACAGGGGCCCGUCACUGGUGACUUCUAUCUCCGCUCAAUACGUACAGUCUAAACGAGGGGUGAACCUAGGCGGGCACUCCGACGUUUCGGAUAGUGACCAGGACCCGGGAAUCGACCUCGCGCUCUUCGGCGGCAUAGAAGACGCAGAUAUCGAUGCGGAGUACUCUGCAACUGCAGCGCUGAUCCGGGAGUUCUGGACCAAGCUGGGGAUCGAGGGAGCGCGAGAAGCGAUCCUUGUGUCGGACGUUGGCAGAGAGGUGAAAGAGCAGUUGAAGAAAUUAAAAUUACAAGAGAAAAUGGGACAGACGGCACCAAGGAAUGAGGGUCAUGCCCUACAGCAGGACGAUGACCCGGACCCGGAUGCAGGAACGGACCUAGCUAGACAGUUUAUGGAGAUUUUCAGGUUUAACAGAUGAAUGCAAUGUCUGAACGCCCGAGAGCACU